AUGGCCGAGGGUAAGACUUUGGAUGGAGGUGUGAAAACAGAAGAGGACAGAGCAACAACCAGCCACUCAGCAGUCAUGGAUUCUGAAAAUGAGCAACAUACAAGCAAGAGGAAGGAAGACAGCAUAAAUACAGUGCCUUACUACAAACUCUUCUCCUUUGCUGACUCCUUGGAUUGCCUUCUAAUUUUUGUUGGCACAGUUGGCGCUAUUGGAAACGGGAUAUCUUUGCCUCUCAUGACGGUUAUUAUGGGAAAUAUAAUUGAUUCUUUUGGACAUUUUGCUAACACAAAACAACUGGUUCAUGAAGUUUCUAAGGUAUCUCUGCAGUUUGUAUAUUUGGCUCUGGGGUCUUCGGUCACUUCAUUUAUACAGGUGGCCUGCUGGAUGGUCACUGGAGAAAGACAGGCUGCCAGAAUAAGAACUCUUUACUUGAAAACGAUAUUGAGGCAAGAAGUUGGCUUCUUUGAUGGGGAAACUAACACGGGAGAAAUUGUUGAGCGAAUGUCAGGUGAAACUGUGCUUAUUCAAGGUGCAAUGGGUGAGAAGGUAGGAAAGUUCCUUCAAUUGGUAUCAACAUUUCUAGGAAGCUUUGCCAUAGCAUUUGCCAGAGGAUGGCUUCUCACUCUUGUUAUGCUAUCUUCUAUUCCUGCUGUGGUCAUCUCUGGUGCAAUCAUGAGUCUUGUUAUAUCCAAGCUGGCAAGCCAUGGACAAGCAUCUUAUUCAGCGGCUGCAACACUGGUUGAGCAAAUUAUUGGUUCAAUCAGAACAGUUGCAUCAUUCACUGGGGAGAAGCAAGCAGUAGAUAAGUACAACACGUCCCUAACAAAGGCUUAUAAGUCUGCUGUCAAAGAGGGGUUGGCAUCUGGGUCGGGAAUGGGUGCUGUUCACUUUAUUGUAUUCUGCAGUUAUGGUUUGUCAGUAUGGUAUGGUGGAAAGAUGAUAAUUGAGAAAGGAUACUCCGGAGGAGAUGUUCUUAACGUCAUUUUAGCUGUGGUGAUGGGCUCCUUGUCUCUUGGGCAAGCAUCUCCAUGUAUGAGUGCAUUUGCUGCUGGACAGGCUGCAGCAUUUAAGAUGUUUGAGACUAUAAACAGGAAGCCGGAGAUAGAUGCUUAUGACAAUAACGGGAAACAAUUGGAUGACAUUCGUGGAGACAUAGAACUAAGAGACAUUCACUUUAGUUAUCCUUCAAGACCAGAUGAACAAAUUUUUAGUGGUUUUUCUCUUUCAAUUCCUUGUGGUACCACUGCUGCUUUGGUUGGACAGAGUGGAAGUGGCAAAUCUACAGUGAUCGGUUUGAUUGAGAGAUUCUAUGACCCUCAGGCUGGUGAAGUCCUUAUAGAUGGCAUCAAUCUCAAAGAGUUCCAGCUGAAAUGGAUCAGACAGAAAAUAAGCCUUGUGAGUCAAGAACCUGUGCUGUUUUCUUCUAGCAUUAGAGACAAUAUUGCCUAUGGGAAGGAUGGUGCAACGGCUGAGGAAAUAGGGACUGCUAUUGAGCUUGCCAACGCUGCUAGAUUUAUAGAUAAGCUGCCGCAGGGACCAGACACAAUGGUCGGAGAACAUGGAGCUCAACUAUCUGGGGGCCAGAAGCAGAGGGUUGCCUUAGCUAGAGCAAUUAUAAAAGACCCAAGAGUUCUACUCCUAGAUGAAGCCACAAGUGCGCUUGAUGCAGAAUCUGAGAGAGUUGUACAAGAAGCACUGGAUAGAGUUAUGAUCAACCGAACUACUGUCAUUGUCGCCCACCGUUUGAGCACAGUAAGGAAUGCUGAUACAAUUGCUGUCCUACAUGAAGGAAAAAUUAUUGAAAAAGGACCGCACAUAGAACUUGUUAAGGAUUCCGAGGGAGCUUACAGCCAGCUUAUACAGUUGCAAGAAAUCAAAUCAUUAUCAGACCAAAGUGCAUUCAAUGAUCAAACCAGACAAGAAAUUACCAUUGAUUCCGGAAGGCAUUCAAGUCAGAGGAUUUCCUUAUCACGAUCCAUAAGUCGAGGAUCAUCUGGAACUGGAAACAGUAAUCGUCACUCAUUUUCAGUCUCAGUUGCUGUUCCCACAGCAAUCAAUGGGCUUGAAACAUCAACUACGUUGUCCAACACUUCAGUUUCAGCACCAUCUCAAGUGCCACAAGAAGUCUCACCUCUCCGCCUGGCACUUCUUAACAAACCUGAGAUGCCAGUGCUACUCUUGGGUUCUAUAGCUGCAGCAGCAAAUGGGUUGGUAUUACCUGCUUAUGGGGUAUUGCUAUCAGGUAUGGUAAAAUCUUUCUUUGAGCCGGAAAAUGAACUCCGUAAGGAUUCAAAGUUUUGGGCAUUAGUAUUUGUUGGUGUUGGUGUAGCGGCUUUAUUGACAGAAUCAUCAAAGUCAUACCUUUUAGGCGUGGCUGGGUGUAAGUUAAUACAACGAAUUCGAUCAAUGUGCUUUGAAAAAGUAGUUUACAUGGAAGUAAGUUGGUUUGAUGAAGCUGAGAACUCAAGUGGAGCAAUAUCUGCAAGGCUUUCUGUUGAUGCAGCUUCAGUGAGAGGUCUAGUUGGAGACACUCUUGCUUUUGUAGUUCAGAAUAUUGCAACUGCAAUUGCUGGCUUGGUUGUUGCUUUUGAGGCAUGUUGGCAAUUGGCACUUGUAAUCCUUGUAAUGCUGCCUCUACAAGGAUUAAAUGGAUAUGUUCAAUUCAAGUUCUUGGCGGGAUUCAGCGCGGAUGCAAAGAAAAUGUAUGAGGAGGCAAGUCAAGUUGCAAAUGAUGCGGUAGGGAGUAUUAGAACAGUUGCUUCUUUUUGUGCUGAAGAAAAGGUGAUGGAAUUGUACAAGAAGAAAUGCGAAGGCCCUAUAAAAUCAGGGAUAAGGCAAGGUUUAAUUAGUGGGAUAGGUUUUGGAGUAUCAUUCUUUUUGAUUUACUCUGCAUAUGCAUGCAGUUUUUAUGUUGGAGCCCGCCUCGUUGAAGAUGAAAAAACAGAUUUCGCCGAUGUUUUCAGAGUUUUCUUUGCACUCACUAUGACAGCAUUUGGAAUUUCUCAGUCAAGCUCAUUGGCUCCUGAUACAAGUAAAGCAAAGAGUGCUGUUGCUUCUAUAUUUGCAAUUCUUGACAGGAAAUCAAAAAUAGACUCUAGUGAUGACUCUGCAAGUUUAACUACAUUAGAAAGGGUAAAGGGAGAGCUUGAGUUUCACCACGUUAGUUUCAAGUAUCCCAUUAGACCCGAUGUGCAAAUAUUCAAGGAUCUUAGCUUAGCUAUUCAUGCUGGCGAGACAGUUGCACUUGUUGGAGAAAGUGGGAGUGGAAAAUCAACAGUAAUAUCGUUGUUGCAAAGAUUUUAUGACCCGGAUUCAGGCCACAUUACGCUGGAUGGAAUAGAAAUCAGAAAGCUCCAACUGAAGUGGUUGAGGCAGCAGAUGGGACUAGUGAGCCAAGAGCCUGUGUUGUUCAAUGACACCAUCCGAGCUAACAUUGCAUAUGGAAAGGAAGGAGAUGCAACAGAAGCUGAAAUCAUAGCAGCAGCAGAAUUGGCAAAUGCCCACAAGUUUGUCAGCAGUUUACAACAGGGUUAUGAUACAGCAGUAGGAGAGAGAGGGAUUCAACUGUCUGGUGGGCAGAAGCAAAGGGUGGCAAUUGCAAGAGCAUUAAUGAAGGGACCAAAAAUACUACUAUUGGAUGAAGCAACAAGUGCUCUUGAUGCUGAAUCGGAAAGACUGGUUCAAGAUGCAUUGGACCAUGUAAUGGUGGAACGGACCACAGUGGUGGUGGCCCAUCGGUUGUCAACAAUCAAAAGUGCAGAUUUAAUUGCAGUGAUGAAGAAUGGAGUAAUUGCAGAGAAGGGAAAGCAUCAAAGUUUGAUCAGUAUAAAAGAUGGAAUUUAUGCUUCUUUGGCAGCUUUACAUGCAACUGCCCCAGCAUAGAAAUCCAAUUCAUAUUUUGUAUGUUGUAUGAAGAUUAAGCUAAUUGUGAGGCCUGGCCAUCAACGUUGGACGCAUUGGAUAU